AUGGCGACAGAUCCAUCACAAAGUGCCACUGUAUCAAGUGGACCACGUGCAUCCAGUGGACCAAGUGCAUCCAGUGGACCAGGUCAAGACCUUCGGCUAGAGGACAUACCGGGCUACUCCCGGUUGCCCUGCAAUCAGUGCUUGUUCUGGACCUCGCCUUGUGGCUGCAGGAAGGGCGAUCGCUGUGUCUUUUGUCACCACGCAGUGGCGCAGGAACAGGCACAUCUUUCCAACCGGCGGCCGCGGAAAAAUCAGCGAGACCAGAUGAAGAGUUUCAUCAAAGAGCUGGUGGAACACCUGAACGCAGAACAAGAACCGCAGGAGGUGGCUGAAAAAUGA